GGGGCUACUGUCCUUUUCACGGUACAUUCAUAUGACUUAAUCCAAAUUUAUUUUGCGCUGACAUGAUUCAUCCACAUCGCUAUGCUGUUACCCACAACUUUGUUCAUCUCUGAAAGAUGGGAUUUCUCAAUCAGGGUGGUUCAUUUUCUUUACACAUAUAAUUAUUAGGUCAGGUAAAACUCUUCUUGGGCCAUGCACUCAAGGCAAAUGCCAACUAACAUAGCCUAGCUUAUUAAUUUGAAAGAAUUAAUGUUAAUUUCCGCUACGAAAUCAUGAAACUGGUUUACUGGGCUAGGAAGCUUGCGCGACAUAAGCUCCACAAGUACCGUAGGGUUCUUUCGAUCAGUUCUUCAGCAAGAACCCAGUCUAGUUUUACACUUAAUCUGGUUUCCUCUACGGCAUAUAUAUAUCUAUUUGCAGAUAUGGAGUCCAUGGUGGUUUAUGUAUUGGAGAAGAAAGUGACACUUAAGACUCGUGAAUCUGUCCUCCAAUGUGAAGGAUCUUCUAGGAAAAUUACUGCUACAUACAACAGUCUAUCUCGUCGACCCUCCAGGAGAGUUCAGGAAAAAUGAGGACAUCGAGAUUGUAAUAGUUUUUUAAGAGAUUAAGUGAACUAUUAAUGUGUUUUGUGUCAGUAACAUAGAGGAAUAUCUAAAGCAUGAUUUUCUUUGGUUGUGUAAUCAGUACAUGAACCAAGAGUUAUGGAAUUUUUCUAGAAGUAACCAGUAAAAAACAUCUCAUUAGUUCAAUUGGCAUCUCAUCUCAGGAAGGAAACUGGAGAACUUUAUUCUUAGAGUCACUGUUUUGUAAUCCAGACUAUACAAAAUGACAAAAUAAGAAUUAUUGGAUGAA